AUGGACAAAUAUGCCCUGCUGCAGAGGGCUAAACUGCAUCUGGAUUUCAUCCACGCCAACUCCACAACUCACAGUUUCCUCUUUGGAGCGCUGGCCGAGUUGCUGGACAACGCCAGAGAUGCUGGGGCAGCGAGACUUGAUGUGUUUUCAGUGGAUAAUGAAACACUGCAGGGAGGAUUCAUGUUGUAUUUCCUGGAUGAUGGAUGUGGCAUGAGCCCUGAUGAAGCUCCAGACAUCAUUUACUUUGGAACAUCCAAGAAACAGUUAUCAACCUCGACGUUCAUUGGGCAAUAUGGCAACGGACUUAAGAGUGGGUCCAUGAGGAUUGGCAAAGACUUCAUUCUUUUCACAAAGAAGGAAGAGACCAUGACCUGUCUGUUCUUCUCUCAGACUUUCUGUGAAAAAGAAGGUCUCACUGAGGUUGUAGUUCCAAUACCUUCAUGGUCAACAAGAACAAGAGAGAGUGUCGCAGAUGACCUGCAGAAAUUCUUCACAGAAUUGUCCAUCAUUUAUAAAUACUCCCCAUUUAAAAACGAAGCUGAAUUGAUGCAGCAAUUUGAUAUGAUCUAUGGGAGAUGUGGAACUUUGCUGGUUAUUUAUAACUUGAAGCUUCUGCUUAGUGGGGAGCCAGAGCUGGAUGUUAAAACUGACAAAGAAGAUAUACUGAUGGCCGAGGCUUUGGAGGACCUUCCAGAGAGACGGUCUUUCAGAGCCUACACAGCUAUUCUGUAUUUUGAUCCUCGGAUGAGAAUAUUUAUUCAAGCCAAAAGAGUUCAGACCAAGCACCUAUAUUAUUCCCUUUACAAACCGAGAAAGUACCACUAUGCUCCAUCUUCUUUCAAAGGGAAGUUUAAAACUGAAGUUAAGGAUGCAGAAGAAGCAAUAAAAAUGGCUGAACUCAGGUUUAAAGAAUUGCAAGUCAAAGGAAGCCAGCCCAACAGAAUUUCUUUGUCUUCCACCGAGGAUGGAUUGCAGAGAGCUCGGGAAGAUGUGGAGGCAAAGCAUAAGAAUCUUCGAGAAAAACAGAGGGCACUAAGGAAAGCAAGAACAAUCUCCCUGUUCUUUGGAGUGCACAUAGAAGACCAAAGGCAAGCUGGAAUGUUCAUUUACAGUAAUAACCGGUUGAUCAAAAUGCACGAGAAGGUUGGUCCCCAGCUCAAAAUGAAGUCCUUACUUGGAGCAGGUGUGAUUGGAAUUGUGAACAUACCCUUGGAGAUCAUGGAACCAUCCCAUAAUAAACAAGAAUUCCUCAAUGUCCAAGAGUACAGCCAUCUACUAAAAAUCAUGGGACAGUACUUGGUCCAGUACUGUAAGGACACCGGGAUCAGUAAUAGAAACCUAACACUGUUUUGGGAUGAAUUCAAAUACCAACAUAGCAAAGACAUGGACAGAUCUUUAGAGUCUCUCCAGUGUCGAAGAAGACAAGCCAUGGCUAUCCCAUUCAUCCUACAAUGUGAUCUUUGUCUCAAAUGGAGAGUCUUACCUUCCCCUUCCAAUUUUGAGGAGGAAUUCCCUGACAUGUGGAUUUGUGCUAAUAAUCCCAACAACCUGGAAAACAGCUGUAAUCAGCCCGAACACCUGCCUCCUAUCCCACUGGGCACCAUGAGCAGAAGACCGCCAUCCAAAGAUGAGACAGAGAGGCAACUUCAAGAGUCAGUCCAAAGAUACCAGAACAGACUGGCAGACAUACAGCCACAGACGCCUCAGUUUAUAGCAGUGAGUAGAAUCCCUGAGUUCAAGCCCUCCUGCCUUUCUUCAGAAAAGAAGGAAAAAUCCACACUUGGGAGACUCAGGCCUUCUGUGGUAGACCGAAUUCAAGGCACUCCUCCUUCAUCUGUCCAGCUUUCGUCUAGCCAGAGAGUCCGAAAGAGAAGCCCAAAGGAUACCGACUCGGACGUGGAGUUUGUCUGCAUGACUAAGAUUCGGAAGAGGUCUGUGAGGAGGAGUGUGAAACACCAGCAGCAGAGCCAUGUGCCUGCUCUGUCGGAAAACCUCAAGCUCAUUGAGGCAUCCCAGGUCUCUUCAUGGGAAACAAAGAAGAAGCAGAGUGAAAACCUUGUACAGGAAUGCAAGGCAUCCCCUGAAGUUGAAACUAGCAGCAGAGAUCCAGCUGUAAUCCUGGUUUGGGAUGAAACAAGCACCGAGGUCUCAUUGAAACAAGAACGAAUGGAAGUGCCUCUCCCAAAGACAGAAAAACAAGAGCUGUGUGAUGAUACUCUGGUGAUGAAAAGAAACCCUUCAGCCCUUAACUGGAAAAGGUGUCCUGGUCUACAGAUGGAAGAUUUAAGUCCACACUCUGGACACAAAGUCAGCUCCGUGAAUGGCAAUUGCCAGCUCUCUUCUCUGAUGCCUUCUCAAAGCACAUCUACCAAGGAAACAGCAAGAAAACUAAUGGCUAAUUUAAGGGAGAUUCUUCUCUAUUUCAUUCCUGAGUUUCAUCUGUCAUCAGAAUUUGAGUGCACAUCUAUGGAAGAACUCCUAACAAAUCCCGAGCUGGAGCAAUGCCCAGAGAGUACGAAUGAAAAACUAAAAGUAUGUUUCAACAAGAUCCAGAAUAUCUACAUGGUCCAAUAUGAGAGAAGACUCAAGAGAAAAAUGCAGUCCAUCAUCUAUGAGGCAAAUAGAAGAGAGAUGCUUAAUGAAGUCUUUCUGGGGCAGUGUGAACGGAAAAGGAAAAAGACUGAGGAUAAACUCAACAACCUUCGUGCAAAACUGGCAUCACUGCUGCAGAAACUUCAGCUGGGUGGUCCAGCGGGGGACCUCGAGCAGAUUGAUGCUUACUUAGAAGCUUUGCUUAAAGAAGAUCAUCUUCCGACCACUUUAAAUAGAAGGACUCUAGAGUCAGGACAAGCGAAAAAUACAGAACAGUGA